AUGUUUCCAACCUCGCAAGUGAACCACAAAUGCUGUCCAUCUCUCAGAAUUUAAUUGCUUUGUUUCCUCUUUUAACUCCAUCAAAGAGAAGCUUCACCGAGAGUUAAUCGUGUUCCAUUCGGCGAAGAGCAAGGUCUGGCAGCCAAUCCAGGCCAGGGUCCAAAAGUGGCUUGAUACCUCCUCGUUGGGCCGUUCGCUGCCAUUGCCCUUGGGGCCCAAACCCGUCGCCUGAUAUCCGUUAUCGUCUACCUACAUCCCCUCCGCAGCUGCACCUAUCCACCUCACUGCGCUUGGGCUCAAUCCUGGGACAUGGAUUCAACGAAAGCUUCGUCGCAUAGACGGCCGUCCACUAAGCUGUUGAAGCAGCCGCCGCCAUUGUCCUCUAGUUCCACCUGGUCCAUCAAAAAGCAAGCAAGCAAUACCUCCCUUCGUCGACAUCCAUCCGCUCCAAUCUAUCCGCGCUCCCACACCAUCGCUAGCCGCGAGCACGCUCGAACGAAAUCCGGCGGCUUUGGCUCCUCUACCUCUUCCAUAGAUCAGAACAGCGAGCGCAAUUCGCCCGUCGCGCUCCACAGCGAAUUUGGAGCAUAUUCUUCGCCGAACUCAGCCCACAACACCGCCCGCUCAUCCCUCAGUCUACAGAAUUCGGAUGAAUUGAUCGGAUCGCGCUUCGAUACUCGCGGCAUGUUGAACGCUUUGGACUCCGCCACACAAUCCUCUCAGCGUCCGCCCGUUCUGCAAAGCUACAAUACCAGCCCGGACCCGCGCUCCACUCCGACUCUGAGGAAUUCUGGCGUGUUUAAUCCCAAGGAGCGACGCCCGGAUCCCCCUAGCCCAGACAGCACGGUGGUUUUGACAAAGAGGUAUUCAGACGAUGGAAGCACGAUAAAACCAGGCAUAGGUGGAAGGAAGAAGUCAGGGUUUUCAAGUUUUGUGAAUAGCAUGCUUGGAUCACCCCGAAACAUAAAGAUAUCUGCACCUGAAAAUCCAGUUCACGUUACUCAUGUAGGCUAUGAUAAUGAAACUGGUCAGUUCACGGGCCUUCCAAAAGAGUGGCAACGAAUGUUGCAGGAGAGUGGGAUCUCUAAGAAAGAGCAAGAAGAACAUCCACAAACCAUGGUCAAUAUCAUGAAAUUCUAUGAGAAGAAUGCCUCGGGAAAGGAUGAUGAAGGAGUAUGGCAUAAAUUUGAUCAUGCAAAGGCGGUUGAUCAUCAUGAACAUUCAAUUAGUUCCAAGGCAUCCCCAGGAGGUCUGGCUCCAGGCCCCUUUUCUCCGCUCACAGCGCUUACCUCCCCUCCAGCAAGCCCGAGAUUUCCCCAGAAUCACGAAGGCAGCUUUGAGAACCCCAGGGCCCCGCCGCCUAUCCCUAAAGCUGUUCCAGCGACCAGUCCGCUCUCUCCAGGCCCCUCACCUUCGGGCACCAAUUGGGUCCCAAACCGUGCAGCACCCAAGGCUCCAACCACUUCGGCUACUAACCUCAUGCCUGCUCGUCCUCCCCCUCAAGCUCCCGCACCGAAGGAUACUCGCACGGCUCCGGAGAUGUCAGCACACCCAUUUGGUGUUCGCCCGAUUCCCGAAACGGAGCCACUUCCUCCGCAACCACAGCGGAGCCGCUCCAACUCGAACCAAAAUAUGGCAAAUGCCGCACCAAGGGUACCACCAAACAUGGUGACCUCACCUGCACAAUAUCAACAAAUGCAGGAACAAGCUAGCACCGCAGCGCACCAGGCCAUCACCAGUAAACAGUUAGAACGUACACGUAGCGAGCGCCAGCGACAGCAGCAGCCGCCACGGCUAGCAGAUCCGUCAAUUCAGUCUCGUCACCAGCCCCCGUCUCAGCAGCUUCAACAAUCAAUCGACCAGGUCCCUCGACUGGAACAACCAGGGUACACAGCCCCCGUGCCACAGCAACAGUAUGGACUACCACUAGACCCCACCCAAUAUCCCCAACAAGCACGUGCCGGCCCUUCACCAAGACAGCGCCAGCGAGUCCGUCAAAGCAAUGGGAUCGAUAUCAGAGCUCGCCUGCUUUCGAUAUGUACUGCUGGUGAUCCCACCCGCAAAUACCGAAAUCUUAACAAGAUUGGUCAAGGCGCAUCCGGUGGUGUCUUUACUGCGUAUGAGAAUGGCACAAACAGAUGCGUCGCUAUUAAGCAGAUGAACCUAGAACUACAGCCGAAAAAGGAUUUAAUUAUUAAUGAAAUCCUGGUCAUGAAAGACAGCAAACAUAAGAAUAUUGUUAAUUUCAUGGAUAGCUUUUUACAUGGUGGUGACUUGUGGGUUGUCAUGGAGUACAUGGAGGGCGGCAGUUUAACAGAUGUUGUCACGUUCAAUAUCAUGACCGAGGGCCAAAUUGCUUCUGUUUGCAGAGAGACCCUAAACGGGCUUCAACACUUACACUCCAAGGGGGUUAUCCAUCGUGAUAUCAAAUCCGACAACAUUCUCUUGUCGUUGGAAGGGAACGUCAAAUUAACCGACUUCGGGUUUUGUGCUCAGAUAAAUGAGUCACAUAACAAACGCAAUACUAUGGUCGGAACACCUUACUGGAUGGCCCCCGAGGUUGUCACCCGCAAAGAGUACGGCCGUAAGGUAGAUAUUUGGAGCUUGGGGAUUAUGGCGAUCGAGAUGAUUGAAGGAGAACCACCGUACCUUACUGAAUCCCCAUUGAGAGCCCUCUAUCUGAUUGCAACAAACGGCACUCCAACUAUAAAGGAUGAGCAAAAUCUAUCGCCAGUCUUUAGAGAUUUUCUACAUCUUGCCCUAAGGGUCGAUCCUGAGAAGCGAGCGUCAGCUCAUGAUUUGCUUACGCAUCCGUUCAUGUCGCAUUGUGAACCUUUGUCGAGUCUCGCACCGCUUGUCAGAGCUGCUAGAAUUAGCAGAGCUCAAGAGAAAGCCCAAAAGGGCGGCAUCUGAUUCUUCAUGAUUCCGACCGUUUACUGAAUUUCCAAUGACCCCCUACCUUCUAGAAAUACCCAACCACUUGAUGCGUUAUACCCAAAUUUACGAUUGCAGUUCCUCUUUCAACGAUACAUGGACAAGUCUAACAAGGCAACGUCAUACACGAACCACCUUCAACGACACCCAACCAUCACGAUUUCUGCUGACACCAACAGCCAUCUUCCGAUACCCGCAAUAGAAUUUAUUGACUCUGAAUGAUCUCAUGCGCCGUCUUGCUGUCUAAGAUUUCUGCGGUCCUUUCGCUUCUCCGCUGGACUCUAAGAAAAUUGUUUUAACGAAAGGGGAUAUUUCAGGCUGCUACAAAAAACAUACCGCGACUACUGCAUGUUUCCAGUAUUACUUUUCUCGGGUGGAUUUCGCUAUUCAUGUCUCAGGUGGCCAGGAGUUUAUGGCGUCAUGAAGUUCGACCAGUGAUCUAUCUUUGCUGAAUUGGGAGGCGCGCCCCAAGGAAGCACUUUGUAUUCGCACCCUGUUAUUUCUACCCCAUGCUGUGAUCGCCACUUCUCAAAUUCCCUCUCACCAUGUGAAAUUUUCACCUCAGUGUUUGCAACUUUCUCCAUUACCAGUCUUAUAGUUCUUUUGAUACCGUUAUAUUUGAAUGAUUUAUAAUGUCUCCUCGAUAUUGAAGGCAUGGCAUCUGCCGGAUUUAUUGUCUAGCAAUAUGGGAGGCAAAACGUACCAGGUGUGCCAGGCAACAUGUAUGCUUAGUUUUAUCGUUGCAUGUCUCCAACUCUGUGAUGCAGAGUUUGUAUGGCUUGCGAUUUUUCUGUCAGGUAAAGUGUGAAGGGUUCAAAGCACAAGGCGGGGUUGACAGCGUUUGGCUAUUUACCUACAAAUAAAGCUUCAAAGCUGAAUCCUCAAUGCGUCUUUUUAGUUCUAUCA